AGUCAAUCACCUCUCUUUCUCACUGCCAUGUUCCCUUUGAAAACGAUCAGUGCCAAGUCAAACACAACAAACUGGCCAAACAGAGUGGAUAUUUAACAGCUAGGCUCUGGAGAGGAGGUAACCGAGGCAUUUAUAAGGAAAUAUCUGUAUGCCUGUGUGCGUGUGUGUGUCUGCGCGCGCUCGUAUCCCUGUGUGUCCAGUCCACCACCACCACCCGCGUGCGUCCGUGUCUGAAAAGUGCACGUGUGUGUGUGCGGUUCCCCUGGCAGUUGGGCGUCAGCGUGCGCUGCGAGUUUCUCACCACAGACCUGCGUGUCGGCGUCUGCUGGAGCUUUUGGGCGCAGGGCAAGAGUUCACGCGUCCCUGCCUCAUUCGGUGCAUGUGUGCUCGUGUGUGUUUAUGAGACAAAACAUGACGGCCAUUGAAGCGAGCUGACAUCGUGGGAUGUGAGAACAUGGAGGACACAAACAACGCCGGCCCCCCGAGCCCCAAACCCAACGGCUUCGUCAACCGCCUGUUCAGCGUUUCCCUGGACGUCCAGAAUGAAACGAGCAGCGUGUGCAUUCAAGAGACGCCGCCUGGGAUCACCGACGCUGGACCACCGCCGGAGGACCAGGCUCCCCAGGUUCCCCUUCCCAAGACCCCCGGGAAGGACAGGCCGCCUGAGGUGCUCCGGAGGGACCGUCGCGCCACCGGGGGGAUCUGGAAGAUCCUGACCCGGAAGAAGGUGGCCUCAGAGCUGGAGAGGAGACCCCAUUCCAUGAUCCUCCCCGGGGAGGCCUCGAUCCCCAAGUUGUCCUUCGCCGACAAGGUCCGCUCUUUCAAGAAACUCAAGUCCCCGUCGGUCUUCAGGGGGAAAACGGGGAAGCUGUCCAGUGCCAAGUUUGGCAGCUCCUUUGUGGACGAGGACUCCUUCUGCCAUGACUUUGGAACGCCCGGGCAGCCCAGCAGGGGAACGCUGAAGCACCGCGCCAAGAGGCACUCCUACGCAGGCUACACCUCGGAGUACGAGUGUUCCUUUGAAGACCUUGAACUGCCGGCCCCGUCCGAGAACCACUACCCCGCUCCCGCCGAAGAAGCCGUGACCCAGAAUGGCUGCAAGCCGCCGGAGAGAGUUUGCUUUGCUAAAAGGACGGCUAGUAGCAACUCGACCAACUGUAACAACAUAGCUGCCGGCGGCGAGGAGCAGAGUGUUCGGGGCAGCCCCAAGGCCCAGCCGGGGGGAGCGAGGAGAGCCAAGGGCCCAGAUGUGUGGAGCUACUUGCGGAGGAUCUCUCUGCUGGGCAAGGCCAAUCCCGUGUACUCUGAGAGGAGCUUUGACUCUGAGCUCCCCACUCUGGACAAAACCAUGGACUCAGAUUGCGGCUCGGUAGACUUUGAAUCCGUCAGAGAUUUCCAACCGGCGCCCCCGAAACACUUAGACGGCAAGGGCCAUUUCGGUGGCUUUUUAAAGUUCUUCAACAGCUUCACCGAGAACGCGAGAAAAUGGCGGUCGACUCCGACGUCUCGUUCGUUCUCCCCCCCGGAGGAAGGGAAGACCCCAAUAGACUCGCCCCGUGCGGGAGAACGCCCCGUGGAAACCAUUCAAAGCGGCGGGUCCUUUACUCUGCACAGUCAAGGACACCCAGUCCCCCUGCCCUCCCCCAAUAUCCCCAAACCCUCCCAGUCUAGCACCCUAGAGAGGCACGGCAAAGCCACCACUGGGGACGCACGUUCCCCCACCGUGGUUCUGAGGGCCUUUAGAACUUGCCCAGAGUCACCCGCUGUCAAUGGAAUUCACUGUAAGAGUUCAGAGGGUGCAGAGAAACCUACACACAGGCAGGCUGUUCAGAGGGCCCUGGUGACAAUAGAGAAGCCCAUAGCCCGGCCCAGCCCGAAGCGAGACAGGGAGAAUGUGCCUGCCUAUGUUGCCCGAAUGGCUUCCUCUGCCCAGCUUUGUCCAGAGGAAAAGGCUGAGGGACACUCUUCAGGAAAUGAGCAAGAUUCCACUGAGGCUCCACCUGAUUCACACCAGACACGGGAAUUAACCGGCCAAUCACAGGCGGGAGACAAGGAGAGUAUAGCCAAUAGUGUGCCACCAUCCGACUCCACAGAGGAAAUAUUCAAGGCCCUCUCGCGGCCCCCCGGGGUGUCCCCGCUGGAGCCCCCACUCAGGGCCUCCCUGCAGCGCUGCCGGUCCCUGCCUCUGGCCCCCAGCACCCUGAGCACCCUGGCCCUGCUCCGCCAGCAGACAGUCUGUGAAGGCCAGUCGUCGCACUCCGUCCGUCUGCGCAAUGGAGACACAGGGAGCUGCAGGAGAAGGCUGCUCAGACCAGGGUCAGGACCGCUGCAGGUUAACAUAUUGAUAAGCGGAGGGUCAAUCGUCAGUGCUGAGGCGGUAUGGGACCAUGUGACCAUGGCGGACCGGGAGUUGGCGUUUAAGGCGGGCGACGUCAUCAAGGUGCUGGACGCCUCCAACAAGGACUGGUGGUGGGGACAGAUCGACGAGGAGGAGGGCUGGUUCCCCGCCAGCUUCGUACGGGUGGAACCCCACCCUCCUCCACCCCAAACAAAACAGGUUUUCUAUAUCAACCCCAUAGCAACUCCGCGGUUCCAAAACACCACGUCAAAGCUUUGGGUAAACCAGGAGGAUGGAGGGGCGGAGCCGGUCGAGGGGACCAGUGAGGUGCAGAACGGACACCUGGAUCCGACCAAUGACUGCCUGUGCUUGGGAUCACCGCUUCAGAACCGUGACCAGAUGAGAGCCAACGUCAUUAAUGAGAUCAUGAGCACAGAGAGACACUACAUCAAACACCUCAAGGACAUCUGUGAGGGCUACCUGCGUCAGUGCAGGAAGCGCGUGGACAUGUUCAACGACGACCAACUAAGGGUGAUCUUUGGGAACAUCGAGGACAUCUACCGCUUCCAGAUGGGCUUCGUCAGAGACCUGGAGAAACAGUACAACACAGAGGAUCCCCACCUCUCUGAGAUAGGGCCCUGCUUUCUGGAACACCAAGACGGCUUCUGGAUCUACUCUGAGUACUGCAACAACCACCUGGACGCCUGCAUGGAGCUCAGCAAGCUGAUGCGGGACGGCCGGUACCAGCACUUCUUCGAGGCCUGCCGUCUCCUCCAGCAGAUGAUCGACAUCGCCAUCGACGGCUUCCUGCUCACGCCGGUCCAGAAGAUCUGCAAAUACCCUCUUCAGCUGGCGGAGCUGCUCAAAUACACGGCGCAGGAGCACAGUGACUAUCGCUAUGUGGCAGCGGCCCUGGCGGUGAUGCGGAACGUCACUCAGCAGAUCAAUGAGAGGAAGAGGAGGCUGGAGAAUAUCGACAAGAUCGCCCAAUGGCAGGCCUCCGUUCUGGACUGGGAGGGCGAUGACAUCUUGGACCGGAGCUCUGAGCUGAUCUACACAGGGGAGCUGUCGUGGAUCUACCAGCCGUACGGGCGGAGUCAGCAGCGCGUCUUUUUCCUGUUCGAUCACCAGUUAGUCCUCUGUAAGAAGGACCUGAUCCGUCGGGACAUCCUGUACUACAAGGGGCGCAUCGACAUGGACCGCUACGAGGUGCGCGACGCCACCGACGGCCGGGACGACGACUUCAACGUCAGCGUGAAGAACGCCUUCAAGCUGUGCAACAAGGACAGCGAGGAGAUCCACAUCUUCCUGGCCAAGAAGCUGGAGGAGAAGAUCCGCUGGCUCAGGGCCUUCCACGAGGAGAGGAAGAUGGUGCAGGAGGACGAGAAAAUCGGUUUCGAGAUCUCAGAGUACCAGAAGCGGCAGGCGGCCAUGACAGUGAGAAAGGUGACCAAACAGAAAGGUGUAAACAGGUGCACGCCCCCCUCGUACCCGCCGCCCCAGGACCCCCUGUCGGCGGGGCACUACGAGGUCACGGAGGACAUGGCACAAGGGGAGGUUUUUGAAUUAAGUCAAUCCAAAAGAGGCCAGGCUCCCUUCUGGCAGAAUUUUAGUAGAUUAGCUCCAUUUAAGAAAUAAGACACUUGAGAGACUCUUCCGGAAAGGACCAGCUAUUUUUCUUAGAAGCACUAAUAAACGUCGGGUGAUUAACAUCCGAAACGAUGAAGAAUAUAUUAUAAAAAAACAGGAAAAAAAAACACACACACACACACACACACAUGUUCAACGAGAGAAAGACUUUUGAAGAAGAAGGACCAUGUGUUAAUAUCUCCAACCCCCCAGAGGGUUGGAAGCACCAAGAGGACUGAAGAAAAGAAAAUAGACUUUACAUUUCAUGUAUGUUAUCGGCACCAUUCUUUGUUUGUUGUUUUGUUUUUUGUUUUAUUGGUCAAGCUUCUCCCACCGCGGCACUCCUUCACAAACUCCACCCCCCUCGACCUCUCGACCCCGCGCCCUCACUACGACCACGCUCUCUGAUUGUCCACAAGUUGUCCAUGAGAUGUUUUUCG